GAGAUUUUUAUUGUUAUACAUGUCGACCAAAAACGCUCAAGUUGCAAAAAUACAGGUACACACAGCAGUCGACUGGCUCACCCAUCAACUUUGGGUGCGAUUGAUUUGAUUAUGAAGGUUUAGAUGAGAACGAGAGCAAGGCUGUUUGGUUUCCCAUUGCUUUUGCUUUUAGACCCACACUGGACCAACCUGUGCCAAGAUGAUAUUAUGUUAAAGAGCAGAUGUAUCUCGGCUUUUGGCCCCCCAAACAAGAUUUUUCCAUAUUCCUUUUGAGGCUGCUAGAAUUUUUUUAUUAUUAUUAUCAUCAAUUUUAGGGAUUUUGUUGUUUUUUUGGGAACUCGGGUUCUAUAAAUUGACACGUUUCCCUCCCUACUCUCAUCACUCACUCCACUGCCUCCAAUAUUCAGAUUCAGAGACACAAAAAUAUCAAGAUGGAAUCUUCUUCAUCUUCUACACAUUUUGCCACAUGUUUUCUCACAGCACUUUCCAUUAGUUUAUGCAUAAUCUCCUCAACCUCAGCAGCCAGAGACCUUGCACCAAAAACCAACACUGAAUUCAUCAAAACAUCUUGCAGUGCAACAACCUACCCAAAACUCUGCCUCACCUCUCUCUCAAGCCAUGCAAGCACAAUCCAAACAAGUCCUAAGCUCAUGGCUGGUGCAGCCCUUAAUGUGACACUUUCCUCUGCCAAAUCCACCUCUGCCACGAUGCUAAAACUCUCCCAACGCCAUGGCUUGAAGCCUAAAGAAGUUGGUGCCAUGAGAGACUGCCUCGAAGAGUUAAGUGACUCGGUCGACGAGCUCCAGAGUUCUAUAGCUGAGAUGGGUAACUUCAAAAGCUAUGAUUUUCAGCUCAUGAUAAGUGAUGUCCAAACUUGGGUUAGUGCUGCUUUGACAGAUGAGAACACAUGUUCUGAGGGGUUUGGUGGAAAUGGGAUGAAUGGGAAUUUGAAGACUGCUGUGAGAGGCCAGAUUGUGAAUAUAGCACAUUUGACUAGCAAUGCCUUGGCUUUGAUCAACCGAUACGCCUCUGUUCAUGGUUAAAUUGAUCUGCUCUUCUCUGUUAAGAUAAUUACGAGGAAGAUGCUUGCAAUUGUUUUAUAAUUUUGAUGUGUGGGUGCUUAGAUACUCAGAUUGUAUUAUAUUUUAGUGUUGUGAAAGUGGUCUUGUUGUAAUUGUACAUUUUAAAUGCUUGAUCUACGAAUCUAUUGGUUUUCGAACGUA